AUGCCCCAAGUUGCUGACCUCAACGAUUCUAUCGGUUGCUUGUUCAUCGCCAAUAUUUUUGGUGGAGUUCUUUGGGGCAUAUUAUGCGUCCAGACCUACGCCUAUUGCCUCACCUAUUGGAAUAGGGAUACGAGGCUCGUCAGAGCGUCCGUACUUUUCGUUUGGCUAUCGGAAACUGUACAGCAGGUGAUCUUCACCUUUUGUGGCAAUGUAUCAAUAUACAGUCAGGCAUUGGGGGGAUUUCGAUUAUCUUCCGUGUAUAGAUUGGAGCUUCAAGGUGCUGGCGAUACUGUUGAUGUUCUCUAUACUCAUCGUCCAAAGGUAGAAGAGCCUUACUUCAUGGUGUAUAGGGUAUAUCGUUUCACGGAGAACAUAGUGUUAUGCGCUAUUUUGGAACUUGCCGUCUUGGUCGGUGUUGGUCAGGCUGGAUAUGGGUCAGUCUUUCGCAUUGGUGACCUUCUCGGCGACCUCCUCAUACUCUUCCACAAUCUGAUCACCUCCAGCCUGGUCAUUCAAAAUUUUCAAGAUCUUGCGGACGAGGCAAUAGCAUGCAAUGUCGCAAACGCCUACAACGAUAUCGUUAUCUCUCUCGUCUUCGCAUACGUCCUACAUCGUCGAAAAACAGGGCUGAAGAGGUCCACCAGCAUGAUCAAUAAAUUCAUCUUGUACUCCAUUAACACCAGUCUCUUGACAUCUUUAUUUGGCCUCGCAGCACUCGUGGAGGUACAGACAGUCGUGCGCAAAGACAGCCUCAUAUUCAUCUUAUUCUUCGUCACGGAAGGCCACCUAUACUCUAACUCGCUUCUCGCGAUCCUAAACGUACGGAACCGCAUCCGCCGCGAAUCGCGGUACCACAUCACCUCUAUGUCGAGACACGUCGGAAUCGUCGUCCGAGCUCUCGACAUAGAAUCUCAAAGAGGUCGCGAUGUCGGGAGUGUGCUACCAGCUGAGGCGGAGAUGGCUGACUCUGUCUGCAUGGAGGAAACACCCCCCGGCCCUAGAGCUGCAAGACGAUCCGACGACCGAAUCAGCAUGUCCAUGACUCAGACUUCGCCAUUUUGA